GGGGGGCACGCCCCUGACAACGUCCACCAGUCAAUCAGUGAUACUAAAUCCAAUAUAUCGUGGUGUUUGAGAGUAAAUAAAACGGCGUCAAAUAUGGAAAAUUUGUGUUCUUCAACAUAACGAAAUCGGUAUUUUUUCUCGUCUGAAAUCGCAUAUUAAAAAAGAGAAAAUUGAAAACUAUUCCUUCCAACCCUACAUCUUCUUUAUUUUUAGUAUGCAUAUGUAUUUGGGGAUGUAAAUAAAUAACGACUCCCGCCGUAUGCCCUCUGAUUCAUCAAGCGUUGUAGAACAUUGUGCAACCCACGGAAAACCAUGGAAAAAUAUACACACCAUAUUCGUAACCUCAUAAUCAAAAGGUGGUAUGAAGGCGCGCGGCGAGAUAGUCUAGACGAAGUCUGAAAAUUGGACGUUUUUAUAAAAAAAAAGAUAUUGAUAUAAAGAUACAUGAACCGGAUCUUUAUGUUAAAGAGCUCUCGUAUGGCAUAUUUCAAAAUAAUUACAGUGAUAUUGGCUUUUCGGGCUAGUUUCGAUACCAGCUAUAAUAUCGUUUUAAUUGAUUGUCCACGUUAUUGAAAUAAUUGUAGUCUAUCAGAAGAGGAUAGGGUGUGAAGUAUCAGUUAGUUGGUGUGAGACUACGUCAUGCGUGUCUUAAACAAGCCAUCAUGAGUGUGUGUUUACUUUUGGUAUUACUUAGUGGAUUCUCAAUACCUCGAACUAAGAUAACAUGAUCUCCCUGUUAACAUGAACUGUUUGUAUUUUCCCUGCAGAGGUUUCAAUAAUUAUUAUUGCUUGAAGGCAAUUCUAAUUGUAUAGUAAAUGGAUAGACUAUUACAAUAUUAUUUCCGUGAACCCUUUUGUAUUAAUAGUUAUAAUAUCGAUUUAACAGAACAUAAAAGACAAGCCGCAGUAAAGGACUUUUUCAAUUGAUCUCUUAAAUAACGCCUGUAGGAUUUUAAUUUUUCGAGUGUUUUACUUAAUGAAUAAGUUUCUUUUAAAGAUUGAUAUUGGCAUUAUUUUAUUUCAUAUAUUCCUAAAAAUUGAAAAUCAAUUUAAAAACAUUUCAAAAUACUACAAAUCAAAUACUAUAAAUAUGCCACUACAAAGAAUACCCUAAAAAGAGGCCGCGCCAAUAAGAAAGUUUAUCAAAAUACAUUUUUCUUUGUUGAAGUGUUUUAUUUCGUGAAUCAUUUUUUUUGAAGGUUUGAUAUUGGCUUUCGUAUAUUUCCGAAAUCAAUACAAAAACUAAUUAAUUAAUUUUAAAACACUAUAUAAAAUAAUAUUUUAUAUUAUGCCCUCUUCAGAACUCAUGUACCAAAGCUGAACAAGAAGUCCUUGAAGAUGAUGAAAGUAGUCGCAGCUUUCGCGAUCUAUAUCGCGGUCGUUUUCUCGCAUCCACCGGGACCCAAGAAGCCAGAGAUUUCUGUGUCUCGCGUGGGUCCGGUAAUGGAAGACAAGAGAGGACUUGAUGGAAGGAGAAGUUUGUUGAAGAGCAAACUGGACCUGUUCAGAAGAUUAGAAGAAUGCGCACAGCCUGAUAUAUAUGGGUGUGUUCAGUGGGAACAACAGGGCCUGUGCACUAAUGCUACUUACCAGGCCUUUAUGGAGACAAAAUGUGGAGCCGCGUGCGGCCUUUGUACAGCUCCAGCCCCUCCACCACCGUCAGCGGAAACAGUCGAUGUCAGCUCGUGUCUUGGCAGACAUAACACCAAGCGAGGACUUCACCAGGGCUUGAUCCCAAGCUACAGCAUGACAUGGGACUCCACACUGGCAAGCGCCGCAGAAACCUGGGCGCUACAACUCAUAAACGAUGACGUGGACAAUAACGUUGCCAUGACUACCUUAAAUUUGGUGCACUCUAGCCCUAACGGCCAGUAUGGUGAGAACCUGUAUGGAAGUGUAUCUUUGGUGAGAGUCUUUGACCUUUAUCUAAAAUUAUAGGCGACUUGGACUAAGAAAUCACUCGACGUUUUGGGUGGUAGGCUCGAUUUCCAACUCGUUCGUGUGAGCCCGCGAUCAGGUGCCAUGGAACACGGGCUCACAAGUCGGCCCUAUUGGGGCGGUAAACUUGCGUGCUUUUGGCGAAAAAACACCAACGACAACAAAAA